AUGCCAAAUGCUGCAGUUUGUGAUAAGGCACGAUCACCAUUUGUAGGGCUGGACGAGGAAAACCUACGAGAGGAUGAGCGUUUAUUAGUGAGAGACUGGUGUGCGCCAUCUGGGAAGCGGAUUGCAGUGCCUGUUCGUAUCGAGCCCAAGGUGUAUUUCGCAAACGAGCGCACGUUCUUGAAAUGGGUGAGCUUUGCGGUGCUGAUCGGCACUAUCGCUACUACGUUAUUGAACUUCGUACCUGCAUGUGAUCCACGGGGCCUGAUUAGCGCUGCGCUAUUCACUCUGGCUGCGCUGCUCGCGAUCGCCUAUUCAGCGAUCAUCUUCGUGUAUCGAGCGCUUCGUCUGCGUGCACGAUCGACAGAAGGGCUUUAUUAUGACAAGUACGGACCGACUAUUCUUUGCUUUGUGCUGUUGGCUGCGCUGGGGACCAACAUUGGGUUGAGGGUGGCGGAUAUGUGA